AUGUCUCCAUCAAAUGUAAACGGCGAGAUUUCCUCCGUCAAAAGGCCUUACGACACUAUCAUCGAUGCGUUACGCUAUGAAGCAAGACACAACACGGAAGGCAUUGUGGCAUACCCCCCCAACGACAUCAGCGAGCCAUCGGCGGCGCAACGUCUUUCGUACAAAGAUUUGCUGCACCAAGCCGAAGAUAAUGCCAGUCGGUUAUACCAGCGCGGUAUCUCCACAUCGGGGGCCAUAGUUCUGCUGCACUUUGAGACCAACCUUGACAGCAUCAUCUGGUACUGGUCUGUUCUCUUGACGGGAGGCAUUCCGGUUAUUACUGGACCGGGAAUGUUCAGUCCGAACGCGGGAGACAGAAAGAAACACCUCACUCAUCUCUAUUACACACUGGAUGCACCAAACUGUCUGACGCGGAAAGCUCUGGAGGCUCCAUUUGCAGAACAAACUGGAGACACGCGUAUCCAGUGCUUCGCCAUAGAGGACUUGGUCGACAUUCCGGUCACUGCCUCUCUUCCCGAAUUCCAGCCAUGUCCCUCUGAUUCUCUGGCUGUGAUGCUCACUUCAGGCAGCAGUGGCCAAGCCAAAGCAGUGCCGCUCACACAUCACCAACUUCUAGCUGCGUUCAAGGGAAAGACAGCAGCUGCUAAGUUGCAGUAUCCCCGAAAUCCAUUUCUAUCCUGGGUGCACAUGGAUCAUGUUGCAAACUUGGUUCAUUGUCACCUAUUCGCCAUCGUGUCUGGAAUAUCGCAAAUUCAGGUUUCCGCAGCCGAUGUGCUAGUGGAUCCGGUACAGUGGCUGAAUCUCCUUAGUCGGCAUCGCGUGUCGCGCACAUUUGCACCCAACUUUCUCUUCGCCAAGCUUCGACGCCAGCUAGCUGCUGGAAAGACCGAAGGAUUGGAUGCGGACCUCAAUCUCGAGGCACUGUACCUAGACACGGGAGGCGAGGCAAAUGUCACCGAAGUCUGUGCUGCACUUGAGGAGCUUCUAAAGCCUUACCGAAUCCCCAAAGAUGUUUUCAAACCAUCCUUCGGCAUGACAGAGACAUGUGCCGGCUGUAUCUUCAACAGUCACUGUCCCAGCAAUGAUCGUGCGGGACAUUACGAAUUUGCGUCUCUGGGUGAACCAAUGCCUGGAGUUCAAAUGCGCGUGAUCCGUCUCGAUGGCUCGGGAGAGGAAGCCGAGCCAGGCGAGCGAGGAAGCUUGGAGGUGACGGGAGAAGUUAUAUUCAAAGGGUAUCACAAUAACGAGACGGCCACAGCCGAGGCUUUCACCUCCGAUGGCUGGUUCCGAACCGGCGAUCUGGCAUACCUUGAUGCGCAAGGUCAUUUGCAUCUUGAUGGUCGCACGAAAGAGAUGAUCAACAUCAACGGCGUCAAAUACCUACCCCAUGAACUAGACGCGGCGCUCGAACAGGCAGAGAUCCCAGGCACAACGCCUAGCUAUUUUUGUUGUUUCGGCACUCGCGACGCCUCCAUGGAUACCGAGGUUGUUGCAGUUUUGUACCUCCCGUCCUUUGACGAAGCAGAUGAUAAGGCACGAUUCGAGACACAAAGCAGCAUCAUUCGGGUGGCCAGUCUGCACACUCACUCACGUCCAAAGGUCGUACCUCUGUGUCUUCAGGACAUGCCCAAAAGUACAUUGGGCAAGUUGUCGCGCACAAAGCUGCAGGCAGCUCUUGAAUGUGGGCAAUUCACCGAGCAGCAGACACGCAACGAUGCAGCAAUCAAGCGUUAUCGACAGCAGACACGGGGUCAGGUUGAGACGACAGAAGAGGCUGCCAUGCUUGACAUCGUCCGAGACCAGCUCGAGGUGUGUACAGACGAUGACUUUGGCGUGUGUGACUCUCUGCUCGCGACUGGUGCAACUUCAAUGGACCUCGUCGCCAUUAUGCAGCGCAUAAAUCGAAAGCUCCAGCUUUCUCCAGCCUUGCGUCUCACUGACGUGCUCAAUCACCCUACCGUCAGGGGUCUAGCAAAUCGUAUCGCUGUCACUACAGGACAGGUGUCGCACGAGUAUGAUCCUGUGGUGACUCUUCAGCCGUUCGGUCACAAGACGCCGCUGUGGCUCGUUCAUCCAGGUGUCGGAGAAGUGCUGGUCUUCGUCACGCUAGCUCACCAUUUCACUGAUCGCCCUGUAUACGCGUUCCGAGCCAAAGGCUUCAACGCCGUGGAAGGAGAGACACCUUUCAAUUCCCUGGAUGAAGUGUUUGAGACUUAUCGCUCGGCUAUCAAGAAGCGUCAGCCGCACGGACCCUAUGCUAUUGCAGGGUACUCGUUUGGUGGCAUGGUAGCUUUUGAAAUCACGAAAUUGAUGGAGCGGGACGGAGAUGAAGUACGCUAUUGUGGCAGUUGGAACUUGCCACCGCAUAUUAAAUUCCGGAUGCGCGAGCUCUUGUGGGAUGAGUGCGUUAUUCACCUCUUCUACUUUGUCGGGCUAAUGGACGAGGCCACGGCCUAUACACAUAAACCUACACUCUGCGCUUUUGAGCGCGAGAAUAGGCGGCUAGACGCUAUCCGGUAUCUCCGGAAGCACUCUGACGCAGCCCGCUGGGAUGAGCUGGGCUUAUCGGAGGAGUACUAUCUGCUAUGGGUUGGUCUGGCCUCAAACAUGCAGGGCAUGGCCAUUGAUUAUGAUCCGCAGGGUAGCGUGAAGUGUAUGGAUGUGUUUGUCGCCGACCCCUUAAGCCAUGUUGCAAAGGAUCGCAAGGACUGGGUCGAGAGUCGAUUGGCGGCGUGGAAGGACUUUGUGCGACAGGAUGUUCGGUUUCACGAUGUGCAAGGGGCACAUUAUACUAUGCUGAACCCGGAAUACGUGGCUAGCUUUGCCGACACGUUGAGGGCCGCUCUGAAGGAACGGGGACUGUAA